AUGUGUGAAAAUCCAAUUGAGGCUUUGGAACAGCAAAAACUCACUGCAAGGAACAAAAAUAAAAGGGCAACCAAGCUUCUUCCUACUGAAACAUCCAGGGAAUCCUCAGUAUCAGAUGGAGAAGUAGCCAAAGAACAAGUCAUUUUGAAGAAGCGCAACAAGCAUGGCCACAGGAGGAAAAAACGAGCUCGAACUGACGAUGCAGCAAAGAUUCCGGCACCCAUGUCUGGGUCUGAAAAUGAGGUGGAUCGGGACAGUGAUGAUGAGAUUGCACCUGGGGCCAAUGAAGAUCCAGAGGAGUUUGCCCAUGGAGAUGCAUGUGCUGCCGAAGCCAUUAAGUUAUCUCAGAAAGCACAGCGGCUGCAAGACCUCGAAACUGUGUUUACUGAGGUCAUCCAGGAUGGGCAAGAGAGCUAUCGGGUAUGUCAAGUAUGCCAGUAA